GCUGCCGCCGUCUCCGUUAACGCUGCCCGCGCGCGCCGCGUCACGGCCGGCUCGCGGGCCGGGCCCGGGCUGCCGCACGCCGCCCAGCGGGACUGCCGCCACAGCCAUGGAGGGAGGGAAAAAGCGCCAGGAUAAAGACACGUCAAAAGGAAAAAAAAUACCUCAGGAUGCUUCAGGCACGGCUCCAACAGAAGGAAAGGCAAAGCCAAAAAGCCAUAACACAUACAGACUGGAGCCACGUACUAAAGUUCAGGAUGGUUUAGUAAGAGACAAAGCUCAAGUGAUACUAACGAAUAAACUACAAGAAGCCACAUAUGACGGAGCUUCUAGUCCCUUCUUGUGUGCUUCAAUCUCAGAAGAAAUAUUAAAUGCUGUGAAGGAAUUGGACUGUGACCGUUAUAAGUAUGUGGUAUCAGUGCUAAUUGUGGAAAAGGCAAAUCAGGCAAUGAUUGUUGCCAGCAGAUGCCUCUGGGAUGCUCAGAGAGACACUUGGGUUUCAGCUAAAUGUGAAACUGAUACAUUUAUUGCACUGGCUUUGGUAAUGGCUUGUUAUUACGACUAAACUGAAAUCACAGCUGCAUUUGUGCAUCACAAUGCACAGUAUAUUUGAAAAAUUUCAAAACAUCA